GCUUCACCAUCUGGCAGCAAUGUACGCUUCAUUGUAUUUUUUACUGUUUUGUUUCGUUUCUUGCCGUGCAAAGUUUGGAAUGAAAGGUGCUGCACUGAAUGACGCCAGUGUAUCUGCUAGAUCUAUGAGUGCUGCUGGCUGACAUCUGACACUAGUGAUGUCCACUCGGGUCUUCAUCAAUGUGGACCUGGACCCCUUUUGUGCGGAGCUAGUGUUCCCGAAAGGUAUUGAGGUCGGAGGCUUUGUGUCUCUUGUCUUUGGCCGCUUCAGCCAGGAGGCUCCUCAAGGUGCGCAAGACCAUGGAGUGCGUCAUAUCUCUCUCCAGUCUGCCACAAAAGCGAAAUCUGGAAAAGAACUACCUCUGAAGAAAAAAGUGUUCAUCAGUGUGCCUUAUGGAGAGCGAAACCCUCUCUGCACGCUACGAGAUGCUCCGCUGCCUGAAGACCUUGAGGAUAUUCCUGAUCCAUCCGAUGAAGAAGCUGUGGAUGAUGUAAUCUUAGGUUCCAACAAAGGUGAUGGCAACAGACAGUCCUCGAGGUCUCAAGAGGCUUCCCUCACUAUGACUACGGGCUUGCUGUGCCCAUCCUGCCAGGGUUGGUUUAGCGAUGCUGAGGUGUUGCAGCUGCACAAGGCCUUGAGUCAUGCCCGAGUUAACCCCAACAAGCCUGCCAAAACACUGUACGGCUGUAAGGAUUGCAAGAAGACCUUCGGCACUAGCGCUGACUGCCUGCUGCACAAGUGGAAACACAGGCCAGAGUCUGAAUGGCCGUUCCAGUGCAAGUCCUGCAAUCGAGGCUUCAUCCGCCAAGCAGCCUUUAUACGUCACCAGCAAACCCACACCUUUGAGUGCAAGGAGUGCAACCAUACUUGCACUGACCAAAAAGAGCUGCAGGAACAUAACUUGACACACCAGCAUGGACGUGAGACAUUCCUCUGCGUCCACUGCGAGCAGCUCUUCCUCAGCAAGGCUGGCCUGGCACGGCAUGUGGUGCGGUAUCACAAGAACCUGUCAGCCGUGUCGACUGGUGAAAGAGUUAAUGAAGCAGACGGUGUAGAUCCAGAGACAGCUCCGGAGACAGCAGCCAUACUAGACUCUAUUCCAGUUGCACUGUCCUGUGACCAGUGCACCUUUGGCUGCGCACAGCCCACAGAAUUGGCACAGCACGUUGCAUCAAACCACCCCACGGUACCAAUAUUUAGGUGCAAAAAGUGCGAGCAGCCAUUCCUUAAGGAGGCCGAGUGUGAUGAGCACAUGCAGCUCAAGCAUCAGCUGCUUCAUGUGGAGCCGACUUCGGAUGGCAACUAUCUGUGUCAGAUCUGUGACCGUCGGUUGAAGACAUUCAGCGGCUACUGGGGGCACCUCAGGGGCCACACAAAGGCCAAGCCAUUUUUGUGUGAUCAAUGCGGUCACCGUUACACCAGCAGGGGCAGUCUGACCAAGCACAAGCGUACCCACGACUUUGCCAAUGCCACCAAGUGUCCGCACUGCUCGAAGGAAUUUGCCACCCUCGACUACAUGCGCAAUCACGAGCGACUUGUCCACACCCGCAACUUCAAAUUUUCUUGCCGACUGUGUGGCCACAAGUUCCCGAACGAGCGCAAGCAGCAGACACACAUGGCAGUGGUGCAUGAGCAGGAGCUGACACGUGAGGAACUGGACGCCAUGACGCGCGUGCGGCACUUGCGCUGCGCCGAUUGCUCUUUCGCCACUUACAGUGCCCUGCAGUUCCGCCAGCACCGGGCCACCCACACAGGGCGCUACCCCUUCUCAUGCACACUGUGCGAACGGGCUUUUACUUUCCGGUUCCAGCUGACAUUGCACAUGCGGCGCCAGCACCGACCAGGAGGCCCGCUGAUGUGCCCUCACUGCCCGCGACAUUUUAUCUCUGAGGACGCUCACACUGCACAUGUGGCCCUGCACAGUGCCCCCCACGCAAAAGGCCUCGAGUGCACCCAGUGCAAGAAGCUCUACGAGACUCCACGACUGUUGGAGAAGCACCAGGCCUCGGUUCAUAAUGGACAGGCAACGCGUUUCACAUGCAACCUGUGCAGCAAGCGAUUUCGCACGUCCAGUGGCAUGGUAGCUCACCGAAGGGUGGCACAUCUCGAUUCAUAUGGCGGUACAAAUGAAAAGUCAACAGCAAAGCAGGCUGUGCCCGUCAAAAGCUGGGCACACAGGCCAGGCAGGAGGUAUGGCUGUUCACGGUGGAAAUACAGCUGUGAACCUUGUGGCCGUUUCUUCAAGUUUGAUGGCAGUCUUCGUGCACACCGGGUCUUCGUUCAUGGCAUUGAGGGGAAAACUGCUGAGGAGAAGUUCUGUCCAGAGUGCGGGAAAGCCUUCCAGACUGAAUUGAGCCUGGCAAUGCACUUCCGCACGCACACCCAGGAGGUCAACUUCAAGUGUAGCGUCUGCAGCAAGAUCUAUCGCAGUCGCUGCAGCCUCAAGAAACACAUUGCCACUGCGCACCGAACAAGCCUGCGCUUCUUUUGUCCUGUCUGCAACCGGGGCUUCCUGAACCAUGCCUCCAUGCUUCUGCAUGUUAAAUUUGCCCACAAGGAUGGUGCCAAAGCUGGAGCGACAGCCGAAGUUAUUGCUAACCCUCCAGAGCCCUCUGCAGAUGCUCUUAUCUCAGUCACAACAACAGUUGUCAACCCCGAACCAGCCACAGCUCCAACUUCAGCCACACUUUCUGUUGCGGGCACGGAACCUGUGUCCAUUGUGCCUUCAGUUCAAGUAGUGCUGCCCGCAUCGACUGCGUGUUCGGUUUCAGGCAUGGCAGCUGCUCCCACUGUGUCUUCACUUCCAGAUGUAGCAAACCUGUCCUCUGUAUCCUCGGCUGCAUGCAUGACAGCUGCACCUGCGGUGCCUCCGGUUCCAGAUGUAACUUCCUCCUAUCCAGCGGCGGCCUCCAAUAUAACAGCAGCUCCAAUUGAGAAUGCGGCAGAAGUUGCAGCUUCGGUUGCCUUACCGGCGUUGUCCGCUACAGACAGUAGCAUCGUUGAAUUGGAGCCGGUGCAGGAGAUCACUGAGCUGACCCGAAUGGAUCCCGGUACUCAAGAGCAUGCCGCCGUGGAGCACUUGUUUGCCAGCAUGCAGCAGCCUGAAGCCUCCUUGCCUGUGGUUGCAGGUGGACCGUCAUUGACUGUCGUGGGCUCGGCGCAGCACAUGCUGCACAUGCUCUCUGUGUCCCAAGUUGAGGAAGUGGUCAGUGAGGUCUGCCUGCCUCAGAGCAAUUGUUCAAACGUGUGGUAGUUAACGUGAGACUUAUUUACAAGAAGGUACGUGAUAUAGGUCAUAGGUCUUAAAGUGCAGAGAGUUGUGUUGGCUGUUUAGCCCCGUGAGAAAAACCUGAAGUGUGUGCUCUGGACGCUGUAAGGACUCAGACGGGCGUAUUUGCGGGGCUGUUGCUUUUCUUUUCUAUUUAUUUUUCGUUAACGUGCCAUUCAAUGUUACGAUUGCAUGUUUACUGCUCAGUAUGUUUCCCAACAACCUGUAAGGUGCAAUUGUAAGUUUAAAAAAAGGAAACAAUUUCAGUAGAUAUUUCUAUUGAUGCAGGAGGAUGCAGGGACUCUUAAUAUUACGUACCAAUUAGCAAGUUAAAUAUUUCACUGAAACCAUUUAUGUUGAUGACCCCUGGAGAUCAGGUCUUUGAGCUUGUGUAGGAAAGAUUUUUCUGUUCUUCAAGGCGUUGAUUUCAGCAUUUUAAACCUAAUCAUCUACAACACAAGCUUGCAAUCCAAGUGCAUGUAAGUCAAUUGAGUUAUGUAGAAACAAUGUUAUAUAUUAUCGUGUACCAUAUAUGUUGAAGUUGUAUAGUAAUACUAAGUUUUAAUUUGCAGUGUUUUCACACUGAGACUGUUGUAAGUUAUCUUGUGAUGACUUCCGUUUUUUUUUUUUUUUUUCUAUAGUCACCAUGAUACUGAAAUAAAUGCACCUAUGCUCUGUCUGGUUUCUGUAU